CGAGUUGAAAGUCAGUCUAGCUCACUUCAGGUAGUUAAGUUUGUUAUUAUGAGUUUAGUGAAAUAGAAUUAUGUUAUCUUCAUUAUCCCAGUACCAAUAAUAAAAUUAGAAUUUAAGAUAAGAGAGUACUUGAAACUAAGAAAAUGUUAUGGCAAUGUAAAGACCCCUAUGGUAGUCAAUUCUAGUACAGUGGGUACUAUUCAUAAGAAAUGAGUCACUUGUCACCAUUUCGGCUGAACGUUCCAAAUUUGAGUACAGAUCUAUCGAGUAGUGCUUCAAAUCCUAAAAAACGAAGGAAGAACGUACAAACCCCCAUACAACAAAGUCCGAAUGUACAAGAUCUAUUACCUCCACCUCUAUCGGGUUAUGGCGAUACAAUAGUCGCGUCGAACCCUUUUGAUGAUUGCCCCAGUUCAGUUAGUAGUUUAAAUUCUGUUAGGGUUGGACCUGGUAUGGGAAUGCCUCCAAAUAUGGGUAUCGCGAUGCAUUCUAUGAAUAUGUGUCGACCGAUGGGUUCUCAGAUGCCGAUGGGCGGUCCACCAAUGAUCCACAGUCCGAAUGCACAUCAGAAUCCACAGAUGAUGAAUAGUCCUAUGAUGAUGACAGGUCCUAGAGUGAAUGGGCCAAUGGGAGCUCAAAUGGGGUCACAUAUGAUGUCUACUGCAAAUGGCUCUUCCAUUCACGCUAUUGCAGGGCCAAUGCAUAGUCCUAUGGGACCGGGCAUGACAGGUCCCAUGUCGGGCGUAGGUAACGGUCCGAUGAAUGCACCACUUUCUAGCCCAAUGGGCGGACCUGGCCCAAUCAGUGGUCCAAUGACUAAUGGGCCCAUGAAUGGCCCAAUGAAUGGAAUGAAUCCACAAAUGAAUGGACCAUUACCAUCAAACAUGGGGGUUAAUACACCUAAUGGAUCAAUAGGUGAUUAUCUAAGACCUCCUCUAAACAAUAACUUUAUGAUGACACCAAUGAACAGUAUGUAUUCAAAACCUAUGCCUGUUAGUGCGGGGAAGGUCUAUCCUGCAGAUCAACCUAUGGUUUUUAAUUCACAAAAUCCAAACGCUCCUCCCAUAUACCCAUGUGGAGUCUGCCACAAGGAGGUGCACGAUAACGAUCAAGCUAUUCUAUGCGAAAGCGGUUGUAAUUUUUGGUUCCACAGAGGAUGCACCGGUUUAACAGAGGCAGCUUUUCAGUUACUAACUGCUGAAGUGUAUGCAGAGUGGGUUUGUGACAAGUGUCUUGCAUCAAAAAAUAUUCCCUUGGUGAAGUUUAAACCUUAGCAUAUGAAUGAAAAGAAUAACUACGAAUAUCAUGCUUUGCAAGAAAUAAAGACUGAGUGUUUCCACAUACAUAAAAAUAGGAACACCAUUUAAGUACCACCCAAAAAAAUUUUUAUCAGCAUUUUCAUCUAGUAGUGCUAUUGCAACCAAUGUAAAUACUAUGCUAAUUUAUUUUUAAUCAUGGCGAGAUCAAGUAGUUAGACUUUAAAUGUGUUGGAAUCGUAAGGAUAAAUGUUUUAUUUGGUAUAAUGUUUCUUCAUUUGGCUAUUGAGUUGGCUUUUCAAUGCUAUUUGAUGGAUUUAGAAAUUCGAUUCCAACAUUUUACAUUUUGCGCAUUCAGGGAGAUCCAUAUAUUUUAUAUUGUUGUACAGUUCUUAUGAUAGUUGUGUAU